GCCAUUUUCAUGGGGUGCAGAGCUGGGCAGUUUGCGUCUUACCGUCCAGAUUCUUUCUUGGUGUCUGAGAUUCAGUUGUGGAAACUAUGAAUUGGCAAGUGAGGUCAACAUUCAGACCUAGAGCAAGACGAAAUGAUGAAAAAUCUUUGCAACUGGUUGGGCCUAUGGUUGCCCAGCAGCCUGAUGCUGAGCCAUGUUAUGGCAAGGAGCCACCAACUGAGCGUCAGGAUAUUAUACCUGAUCAAGAGAAAAAAGAUGAAGGAGCAUCUGGGAUUCAAGGGCCAGCCCCGGAACCUAAUCCAAAGGAACCGGCUGGUGAGAAGACCGGGCGUGAGCGUGGAGAUGGUCCUGCUGUCAAAGGGAGGGGUCUUGCAAAUCUAGAGCCCCUGAAGAUGCCAGAGGCAGGCGAAUGGAAACCAAAGGUGUUUAAAUGAAGACAAGCUGAAGCCACA